UCCCAAAGUUUGAGACUCAAACUCAAAGUACGUACGGAAUUAGGAUAAGAAAACAUAAGAAGGAGAAGAAAAGCAAAAAAAAAAUGGCAAAUCUUCUUCCUCUGCAUCUAAAUCAUCUCCCCCGCAAUAACUUAAAACCAUUCUCAAUUACCACAGCAGCUAUCUCACCAAAUGGAAAUGGAGGGUUUCUCUCAAAUAACAAUACCAGUAGUGAUCCCAAGACCAAAUCACCGGGAGGAGGAAGAGGACCUAUAAUUAUAGAAAUUCCAUUGAAUAACAUAAGAAGACCACUGAUGCGUACAAGAUCAAAUGACCCUAAAAAAGUUCAAGAACUCAUGGACAGCAUUCAACAGAUUGGCCUCCAAGUACCUAUUGAUGUUCUUGAGGUCGAUGGAGUUUACUAUGGUUUCUCUGGUUGCCACCGUUACGAGGCUCACCAGCUACUUGGACUCCCGACAAUACGUUGUAAAGUUCGUCGUGGGACAAAAGAAACUUUGAGGCAUCACCUGCGUUAAGUAAUAUAAGCAUCCCGCAGAUCGCAUGUGUUUUGGUGGUUGCUAGUUGUGCAUUUUGGAGAACGCAGUGACAUAAUAAUUAACCAGGAAAGUGAACAACUGUGUACUCUCCGUAGUCUUCAUCGUUAUCAUAUACUACUUUAACUAAGCCCAAUCCCAAAUUAGAUAUAAAUGUAUAUGCCAGCAUGUUAUAGGUGUUUUAUAUAUCAAUCAUUUCAAUGGGACCUCCAUUAAACCAUCCCCAAAAUGUAACUAUUAUAUGUGACGCAUUUUUAAGUCCUACUUAAAAGUUAUUUGCCUUAAUUUUCAA